AUGGAGACGCUGCCGGACGACGUGGUGGUGGAGAUCCUGGUGCGCGUGACGGAUGUGGCAGCCCUCUUCCGCUGCGCCGCGACGUGCAAGCGAUGCCGCCUCCUCAUUGCCGAGCCGUCUUUCCUCCGCCGCCGCUGGCCUGAGGGCGUGAGUCACCAGUCCUCCCUGCUCGGCUUCUUCGCCAUGCAACAGCCCCGUGAAGAACCAACAGAAGGGAGCUCUGCUGCGCCCAUGCCGCCCUUCACCCCGGUGCCAUGGUCCCCGCUCGGAGAGCGCCACCGCUCCCUGACCAUCACCGCCCCUGGGGGUCGUGGCUGCCAGGUAACGCUGCUCACCUCGCGCCGUGGCCUUCUUGUUAUGCGGUUCUUCCCACUCGAGGAACCCAGCGAUGGGUACAUUAAGACCAUGAACCUGACAUUGUACGAUCCAAUCGCCGGCAAAAGCCGUCAGCUGCCUGAGUUGAAGAGCAAUAGACCUUUCCGAAUACAAGGAUGUGCCCUUCUGACCCGUGCGGAUUGUUGCCCGGACAAAACACGAGGAGCAGCGUCAUCGGUCCCCUCGUCCUUCCUCAAAGUGCUAAUCAUCGGCGUCGAUCAAGAUGGGCCAGGCGCCGAUCAAGAUGAGCCACGGCACAAUCUCCACGUGUUCACUUCCACGAAGUCGAGCUCGAGCUGGAACACGCCCAGGGAGUGCUUUCAGCCUUUGGAGGACGGCACGCGUGUGGUGUCCCAGCAGAUCAGCGCUGUCGUGUGCCAAGGCACUGCACAUUGGCUCUUCAGCAAUACGUCUAACUUGUACGCACUCACUGUGUGUGCUAGGACCACAGAGAUGUCCUUAACAAGGAUACCAGUCACACCGGAUCAACCUCGGCUGCUGCUCGGAGUCACCGAUGGCGGGUCGCCGUCAUUGCUUCGCUUGGACGGGCAAUGCACUAUGCUCGAGGUCUGGAAACGCCGAACUGACAACAUGUGUGGACACAACAACACAGGCCGCUGGCAUCGCACCAAGAAGAUCGAGUUACAACCACCCAAGUGGGGCAAGAUCGACCAGGUGCAGUGCGUGUGCGUGGGUGAGACAAGCGGCAUACUGCUCGUCAAGGACAAUCAACAAGACGUGUACAUCGUAGAUCUCCAAACAGGGGCAAUGGAGGCGGUCACCAGCUGGUUUCGAGGCAUUGUUUUGAGGGCCAUCCCUUUUGAGAUGGAUUGGCCAGCCUUCUUCACCCGUCGCUUGCAUCCCCCGCCGCCCAACACCGACGCCCAGUACCUGGAGCUGGAUGCCCAUGUGGUGCUCUGGAUCUACACCACCCUCGCCGACCCCCUCAUCAACCACGUCAUCGGCGCCACUACCACGUACGACCUCUGGACCAAGAUCCAGGCCAUCUUCCUCGCCAAUCGGGUUGCGCGGUUCAUGAUGCUCAACCGCCAGUACCGUAAUCUGCAACAGGGCGACCUCUCCGUCACCGAGUACGCUCGUCGCCUGAAGCUGCUCACUGACGGUCUCGCCGACAUCGACCACGCCGUCAAAGAGGUGGAUCUCACCACCCAGUUCCUUCAUGGCCUCGACAAGCGGCUCGACACCAUCCGCGUCGUCCUCGGCGAUCAGGCAUCCACCAUGCCCUUCGACAUUGUCCUCUCCCGCGUUGUCCUGGUGGAGGAGUCCCAUGCCCAGCAUCCUGCUGAGGAGAGCGAUUCGGCGUUCGCUCUCGCUGGCCCUUCCAGAUCGGGCGACGCCUCUGGCUCUGGCGUGCGCUCUCAGGGUGAUCACGGCGACCGCUCUGGUGAUCGCGGCUCCGAUCGUUCCCAGGCUCCGCCUCCGCCUUCGCAGCAGCCCCGCGGCCGUGGUGACCGCGGUGACGGUGCCGACCGUGGACGUGGACGCGGGCGUGGCCGUCACGACUCUGGCGGACGUGGCCUGCCGUCGCAGCCCGCCCUGUUCACGGGCUACUUCGCCCCGUACGGGAUGGCGCUCCCCCUGUCUCGACCUGGAUGGGUGCCCCCUAACUCCGCCGGGGUUCUCGGCCCCCGGCCGGGCUCGCAUGCCCACGCCUACCCGAUGUAUCCGCCGGCGCCUCCUCCGUCCUCACCGAUCAAGGGCCUGCGUGCCUCAUGA